AGUCUUCAACUAAACUUUCUUUCCCCUUCCUGAUUUCUUUGUAAAUCAACGUCACUAUUAAAAUUAAUGCUAUGGGAUAGAAAUGCCUACUAGUUUAUUUUGACUUUUGAAACCAUCUAGACGAUAAAAUAUAUUUUAUUUUGACAUAUAAAAUUUUAAAUUGCUGGUUCGGUGACUUCAAAUCAUCCCGAUGACAAAUUUUCAGCCGAAGCAAUUUAUCUGUGAAUAAAUACACACAUCUAGUGGAUUUAAAAUGGCUGACGACAAGUCAAGUGAGACUCGUUUUGAUAUUUACAAGUACAGACGCAGAGCAACCCAAAGCCAAUUACCAGGUUUAUCAGCACCUAUAACUGCAGCUGCCAAUGUGCGCUUUGAAAUUGACAAAAACAAAAAGCAGAAAACUUAUGCUAUAUUGCAAGAAACACGAUCUGAAUUUAGCAGCAACAGCAAACUGCGAACACUCUUGUUAAUAUAUUCUAACCCUGCGUGGAAAGUAUUCAUACUUACAACGCUAUUCAUUUCAUAUAUUCUAGAUACUUGUGUUUAUACAUUUUAUAGAUCAGACGAAAGACCGUUUUGGACGAUAAUAAUUUUAUUGUGUUUCAAUUUCAUAUUUGCUUUCGACGUUGUGAUUAUUGUUGGAUUGAAGUUCUUUAGGAAAUGGAGAAAAACUUUGAACCUUGUCGAACCAGAAACAUUUAUAGUAGUUCUCAAUAUUAUAUUGGCGGUUCCGUAUUCAUUUUUGUAUUUAUUAGCCGAUAUAAACGCUCAGUUCAACUUUCAUGCGAUAGCACCUUUGGUAGCAACCAUAAGAGUGUAUAGAAUUUUAGAAUAUUUCUACAAUAGAUCCUCCCAAGCGGGCAGCAAUCAGUGGACAACGUUUCUAUCGCAGUAUUUGAUACUUUUCUUUCUUUCUGUACAUACUUGGACAUGUGUGUGGUUUUUAUUUGCUAAUAGAAGUUUCGAUUUACACAAAAUUCGUACCUCGUGGUCUUUAGCAGCGGUAUAUUUACCAACGGAGGUGACACUAGAUUGGUAUUAUGUGUGCACAUAUUGUUCAGUCAUGUUUCUCACUACUAAUGCUCUGGGAGAUUUAUACCCGGUGACUACCGCUGAGAGAGUGAUUGCCAUAUUAGCAACUUUACUCGGAUUCCUGCUAACAACAGUUGUAUUUGUGGGUUCAUUAACUUCACAAUUCAUUACAAUUACAACACGGCGUUCGAAGUAUGUACGACAAUUGAAGAAAAUAAAGAACCACCUGAGGCUGAUCAAAAUGGAUACGGACACUACGAAACGUAUUAUCGGGUAUUAUGAGGAUCUCUGGUACCAAAAAUCAGGAGUUUUCCAACCUAAACUACUGAAACUUCUUCCCUAUCCUUUACAAAUGGAAAUCUGCUACGACUUAAAUGCCGUUCCGCUAUAUAGCUCGUUGAUAUUUAGGAAACUACCGGAAGCAUUCCUUAGGAGGCUAUCUUUAGACAUGAGUCACCAGUUUUAUUUACCGGGAGAUGUUGUAUACAGCCAUAACCAGAACAAGACUAUUAUGGUAUGUGUCACUAGUGGCGUUUUAGAACUAUUGUCUGACGAAGAUGAUGAAAGUCCAAUGAUUUCAUUUGCCACUGGGACAUGUUUCGGAGAAAUAUCCCUAGUUUACAAUAUACCUGCGCGAUGUACAGUCAAAGCAGCGACUUAUGUCGAAUGUCAGGUACUGGAAAAGACCAAUUUCAUAAAACUAAUGAUGACUUAUCCAGACCUCGUUGAAUCGAUACGCCACGAAAUUCAAGAGCGAAUAAACAGGAGUCGACUGAAGAAAAUAAAGCAAGGGGAACAUACUGAGUUCUCAUUAAAUAUCUACGCAUCUAAGGAUCGGAAGAAGAGCAGCAUUAAAUGUUUAAAAGAUAAAUUGAGAUACAUUCAAGGAAUAUCAGACGUCAACACCUUGACAAAUGAGGACACGCUUGAUGAAAAUUGCUUGGAACUGUACAUUAUAUCUGAACACGUUAAGAAAAAAAUGUCUAUGUUCACUUGUAUCAAGUCCAGGUUUCCAUGGAUAUUAGAAGCUGACUGUCCUUUAGUCAAAUAUUGGGAAUUGUAUAUGCUCAGCAUAGUCUUUUGCAUAAGUAUUAUUUAUCCUUACUUUAUUGGAUUUAAACGAUCGUUUCCAGCUGGAAUUUAUUUCUAUACCCAGAUAAUUAUAACAUUGUCGUUGAUUCUCAAUGUUUUUAUAACUUCUAUAACUGCGGUUAAGACUAAGAAGAGGCAUAUAAAAGAUUUCAAAAGUAUAUUGAAAUAUAGAAUGAAUACUCUUGGCUUUUAUCUUGACGUUGUGGCAAUAAUUCCGUUCGAAUACAUAGUGACCAUUCAUCAAACUGUGAAAUAUCACGAUAACUAUAGAGAUCACUUAUUUUACCUGUGCAAAGGUAUUAAACUAUGUUUAGUAUGGAGGCUGUCCAGUUUUUUUGAGAACUUGGAAAGAAAAUUGUUAUUAAAUUCGCUACUUGUGAAGAUAAUUAAGUAUUGCGUAUACAUCUGCUUAUUAUGUUACUGGUCUGGCGUUAUAUUAUAUAUGGAGUCAUGUUUCGUGAACCGAUGUUCAGAAAACUCGUGGUUUAGUAGAGCACUGGUUUGGGAUGAUCAAAACCGGGGUGCCAGAAUCUCAAAAACUAAAUAUCCCCUUAUAACGUCUGUAUAUUUUGCAACUACCGUCCUGCUUUCCGUGGGCUAUGGGGACUACACUCCCGGAGAUAUUUACGACAUGGCUUUUAUAGCCUUUCUUAGUCUCUACGGCGUUCUACUUUCCGGAUACUGUAUUUCUGAGUUCUCUGCUGUUGUCACACAUUGGUCAAGAACGAAAACAGCUUUCUUGGAAGUCAUCAUAACGAUAGAUAAAUUCAUGAACGAAAACAAUAUGCAUCCAGCAAUUAAAUCUCGAAUCAUGGCUUUUUACGAAUUGCAGUGGCAAUAUAAUUCGGGUGUCGAAUUAACAGAUGACAAUUGGUUAGAGAAGACGGUAGUUCCAUCAGAACUGAGGAAAAAAGUCUUGCACCAAGCCAGAUUCAAAGCACUCACGUCCAUUAAGUUUUUUCAAGUGAAAAAUAAAGCUUACAUUCACACGCUUACUGAGGCUGCUAGGGACAUAAUUUUACCACCUGGUGAAAUCGUAUUUUAUGGAGGGACGGUGACAAGAGAGCUGUACAUAAUAGAGAGCGGUUAUUGCUUAGUGACAUCAAAUGAAAUGAGAGAGACCAAAACUGAGCGCGUGAUAGGCCCCGGCAAUCACGUGGGGUUACUGGUACUAUUGUACGGGAUCCCCACUCUCAGCACCGUCGUUACAUUGACUCACUGUAAGCUCGUUAGUGUGAGCCAUUACGCUUACACAUCGGCAUUAAGUCUAUUCCCAGACAUGAAAGAGCAUGAAGGUCUAUUAAAACCAGAAGAGCUACAACACAUAGAACAGCAGGCGAAAGCGCAAACCCCGGACUCCUAUUUACAACAUUACAACCGACUGACAGAGAAAAAACAGAAAGUAAAAAUCACAAGUCUACUACAAGAAUUUUUCAACAACUCCUUCAUAGACCUCAAUGCGGAAUAUAAGAAAUUGAAGCAAAAAUAUUUGACAUCCUUCAAACAGUUCCAUGUGCUGAACAAUGUAGCAGCAUAUUUAUUGAUGCCAAUCGCUAUAAGACCAGACGGAAUAUUCUUGAAAGUGUGGGCGAGCGUUCGAAUGGCCACUGCAUUUUUACUGUGUCUACUCAUACCCGUGAUUGUAUCUAUGGCGCCACUGUUUGGAACAUUCAACGUGACACUCGUAAUUUUGGAAACCAUCUGCUACAUAGAUAUGUAUUUGAUGUUGCACGUUGCAUAUUAUGGAUGUAAAAACCAAUUGAUAUACCAUCCCUAUAUGACCGCUAAACACUACCUCCAGGGCCAAUUUACUGUGGACUUUAUAACGUGUUUUCCUUGGUAUGCUAUUUGGAAACUGUUUGUUCCUAAACAUAAUGAAGAUCAUACGCCUGAAGACCACGAGAUCAAUUCACAUAUGUUCCAUUGUGCUUUGAGAAUGAUCAACGUUUUACAGAUUGUCAAACUGUAUGCUGCUUCGUGGGCCGAAUCUAUUGGUGCUUUGAGGAGGGCAUACUUCAUGAGCGUGGUCCACUUCCUUCUUAUAACGUUAUUCUUUCUAAAUUUGUACACUUGCCUUUUAAUCACCUUAUCCUGUAGAUACGUUAAGGCGAAUGACCCGGAAGAUUUUGAAUAUAAAAUCAAAAGAAUAUCUGGAACAAUCCCUUAUUUGAACACCACGUUUCACCCUGGCGGCAAUAUGGUUUGUUUAGUAGGAUCUUGGAUAGACGGAGUAACCAUUAUAGAAGGACACCACAUGUCGCCAUCUAAAGUGCUCUUACUAGCUUAUUAUUGGACAGCAACGAGUUUUGGAGGAGCUGGUUUCGGCGAUAUCACUCCUCAGAACAUAGAGCAUAUGAUACUGUGUAUCUGCGUAAACAUACAUGGCGUCCUAUUUUUUGGAUAUGUAUACGCAAGAAUAGCGUCAUUGAAAGCUAUGGCAGAUCAAGUGAUUACAAAGUUUCAAGAGAAUCUGAAACAUUUGGAAAUGUUUUUGAAUAGAGAGAAAGUGCCUUUUUUGCUCAAAAAGACCAUUUUAGAAUUUUGGAAGUACCAAUGGAAAAGGACAGGUGGUUGGUCGCAUCAAUCAAUACUGGGGAAACUUCAUGCGAAUUUAAACGAAGAUGCUGUACUAUACAUGUACGAGAAAACUUUAAGAGAAAUCCCAUUAUUUGAAAACGUUGAAUAUUCCUUCUUUAGAGCUUUUGCAAAGAAACUGAAAGAAUCGUACUUCCAGAAAGGAUAUAUGGUUAUGAGAUCGAAUGAAGUGAUAGAUACUAUGUAUAUUAUUUAUAGAGGAAAGGUUGACAUUAUUUCAAAUAUAAAUGAAGUAGAAGCUUGUAUGGGUCCUGGAGGGAUAUUCGGUAACAUUAGAGGAGCUACGAAGUAUAUGACAAUGUCAAAUGUAAUCGCAAGUCGAAACAUUGAUUUGCUUUGUAUUAAAGGACGAGACUUCUACGCACUGUUAAAGAGCUAUCCUUCAGUACUACAAAAAGUGAAGGAAUCUGUUGAAACAGCAGUGAAAGACUAUGUAUUGCCAACGAUAGUAUCUGCAAGGAAUAGCAGCACUGAGGUAACGAAUUUUCCUUUGUCGUACGAAACUGGAGAAGAGGAAGCAGACGAAUUUGAAAUUGAUCCUGAACUUUAUAUGGAGAGUCCAGAAAAGAGUAUUGCAGAAUCGCACGGAUCCAAAUCCAUCACAUCAGCAAACGUCGAUUACGUUCCAGCCACACUUUUAUGUUUUAAGCCACAUAGAUGGUUUCGUAGCAGCAUUAUUCCGGAUAGCGCAUUGGUCACUUGUAUGGAAUAUCUCAUUCUCUUCUUAUCGUAUAUGGACUUUAUGCUGUUGGUAUACCAAAUGGCAUUCCUCUCAGUGCCAUAUUUCUUCCACGUUUGCGUCAUAUUCGAUAUUCUGUUUCUAUUUAAAGUUUUUCUGGACAUUCAUUCUGGGUACAUGAAUAGAUACGGAGAUUAUGUUUUGAGCCCGAAGAAAGUUAGGAAAAUGUAUUUCUCCAAAGUAUACCUUCGAAGAAGAGACUUCCUAGCAAACUUUUUAAUAUGCUAUUUAGUCUUCGCUUUAUCACUGUCUCCGAAAAUGAAAAUGGCAUUAUUCUGCUAUGCACGAUCGCCUCAGCUAACUAGAAUUACGUAUUUAUUUACGUACAGAACACAUAGAAAAACGAGCAUUGGUUCAGCGAAUUUAUUGUUUAAACUGACAACAAUUGCUAUAUGGGCAUCAAUACUAUCGCACGUCAACGCCUGCCUGUUUUUCAAACUAUCCUGUCUUACUCCGGUGCACUGCACAUCAGCUAACUGGAUGUCAAAGGAAGCUCUUAAUUUACGAGCGAAAUAUUCCGAGGGUAAUUUCUUUGCGUUGUACGUAGCAGCAUUGUGGUACAUGAUCAAUUUGUUAACAAUAACAGGCACGGGAGAUGUGUCAUCACAAAACAGUUUUGAAGUCAUCGAAACUAUUAUUGUGAUCAUCGUCAUCAAGUUCUGUACAGGACUUCUGAUAUCAGAAAUGUCAGCAAUGAUCACAGCUCAUUCGUCAUCGCGCAUAGCAUACGAUUAUGAUAUAAACGAACUGAGAGAUGGUUUACGAGAUAUGGAUCUAAGUGUACACCAAAUGAGCAAAAUGUGGGACUACGUGCGUGAGCUAUGGAACAGACAACAAGGAAAACAGAUGCCAGCCCUAGUCUACAAGCUACCAUUCCGGCUCCGUUGUCAAGUAAUGCAAGCAGUAUACGGAUCCCACAUCCGAGAAUCAGUCAUAUUCAGCAAAACUGAUGACGAUUUUCGUCGCAUGCUUGUGAUGUGGAUGAAACAUUGUGUCUUCUUUCCUGGCAACUAUAUCGUGCAGUGCGGUGACUCAGAUCAAUGCAUCUACUUCAUACAUAGAGGACAGGUUGAAGUGCUCACCGUGCACCCGAACUUAACGGAGUCAAUUUAUGACGUUUUGGGACCAGAAGACAGUUUUGGGAUCGCUCAGGGUCUAUUUGUGGGCGUGGUCCACCAUUUCUCCUUUAGAGCUCGGACUGUCGUUGACAUUGUGUAUCUAAAGUUGGACCACUGGAAGUACCUUCUCGAUUACUAUCCAAAAUCAGCCAAAAUAGUUCAGCGGAAGGUCCAAAAUGUGUAUUUAGCUAUUUAGUAUAGAAAGAUACUUAUGUUUUAAUUGUUAGUUUUAAUGGGAACUUAAAAUGUUUAACGUAAAGUCGAUAAUUGUUUGCACACUUAGGUUUUAAAAGUAGUAUGUACUUCUAUGUUAUAGUGAUACAAAUAUUUUGGGUUCGCCUUUAAGUUUACAUAGUCAGAUAGAAAUAAAUAAAUUAUAUGGAAAAAUAGUGUGUUUAUUU